GAAGGACCCCAGGCAGCUGUUCAUGUGCCUGCACGGAAAUAUUUAUUUUUAUUUUUAUAAAGGUAUCUUCCAUCCUUAAUGUUGCACUACUGCCAUCCUCUCUCUGGUGUUGUCAAGAAAAAACAGAAUAUAAAGUGGAGGUGGUGUGCAUGCAUGCUUGUUUCUAUAGUCGGACAAACACCAGAGAAGAAGAAAGUAGCUCGUCUGAUCCCUCCUGCUGCACACUGAACGUAUUAAUGUUCUCCUAACAUGGACUAAACAGUGAAGGUGAACCACUGUCCGGUCCAAUGUUCACGGUCAGGUGCAUUUUGGGAACAUCUGCAAAGUCUUUGGCCUCUCUCCCAGCUUGGAGACAACGGAUCAAGCUACAAAACAGGAUGUCGACUUCACCUCGCCCAGUGGCUGCAGUGUGUCAGGUGACAGCCACCCCGGACAAAGAGGUCAACUUCUCUGCCUGUAAACAGCUGGUGGAGGAAGCCAAGGAGCGAGGGGCCAGCAUGGUCUUCCUGCCCGAGGGCUUCGACUACAUCGGAUCCAGUCGAGAGGAGACGCUGUCGCUGUCUGAGAGCCUGACGGGGGACACAAUCUCACAAUACACUCAGCUGGCCAGGAAGUUGGAAGUGUGGUUGUCUCUUGGAGGAUUUCAUGAGCGAGGACAUGACUGGGAGUCUGACAGACGAAUCUACAACAGUCACAUCAUAAUUAACGACAAAGGUGACAUCAUUUCAGUCUACAGGAAGUCCCAUUUGUUUGAUGUGGAGCUGCCAGAAAAAGGCGUGUCCCUUAAAGAAAGUGCCUUCACCAUCCCUGGACCCUCCCUCGUGUCUCCAGUCCAAACUCCCAUCGGCAAGGUUGGCCUGGGCAUCUGCUAUGAUCUGAGAUUCCCUGAGUUAUCGUUGGCUCUGCGAAGGAGUGGGGCUGAGAUUCUCACCUACCCAUCGGCCUUCACUGUAGCAACGGGGGCUGCUCACUGGGAGGUGUUACUCCGUGCACGGGCAAUCGAGACCCAGUGUUUCGUCCUGGCGGCGGCGCAAGUCGGCCGGCACCACGAGAAGCGCUCGUCGUACGGCCGCGCUCUGGCCGUGGACCCCUGGGGUGAGGUGCUGGGGGACUGCGGAGGGGAGAAGCCAGGCGUGGUGCUGGUGGAGAUCGACCUGGAGAAGGUCAGCAGCACCAGGAGGAACAUGCCGGUCCAACAGCACCGCAGAGACACCGGUUUCUAUCACAGCCUGGAGAAGACUUGACCACCAAAGAAGAGAAAAGUUCAAACUUUGUUCUUUUCUUGAUGAGAUACAAGUAAAGUGAACUGCAUUGGAGCAUCACUGCUGUAGAUCAUCUCAUCUGUUAGUAACGCUCAUGACAUUACUCACACUGGCCAGUAGGUGGCGCUGUUGGGUAGUAACAUGGAAAGAAACAGGAGGAAAUGGCAGUAAGAAAAGUAACGCAUUCCUGACAUGACUGACUUGGAUAUGUACACAUAUACUUGUAAUGCAUCUGUGAUUAAAUAAAAUAAUGUGAUGCUAAAAGAUUAUAAACCUUCA